GUGCGCGGAAACAGACACUAGGGGACAAUUGACACAAUUACACCGAGCCCUGGGUUACUUACAACGAAGCCAACCGAGGGAUCAUGCCCAAACUGGGUCCAGCACACGUGGGCGCUGUGAGCAAAGAUCUCUGGCUGUGAGUGAGGUGCUGGAAGACGGCAGCUUGGUGCUGGAUCCUCAACCAAUCAUCAAUUUAAAAAAAGUGAAAAGGAACUCCAGUGACAGGGAGGAACCCGCCACACAGGCGGAAACCUCUUGAGUUCCGGGCUGCAGUCUUGCUUGCCCGCCCGCCGAUAGCAUUUUAGUCUCAAAAAUAGCAAACAUAUCGCGAGGUGUGCAAGGAAAAAAACAGAUUGUUUUCGAGGAGUCAGUCGGACGCCCUUCAGAAGGAACCAAGUCCUCAAGAGUACAGUUUGUCAACACAAGCAUUAAAUGGAAAAUAAUUUACCCGUUCCUUCGGUGUGAGGUACUCGAAAACAAAGAAUGGCUUUCUGGGGAGAGAUAAUGAAACAACAGCAGUUCCUUCCUCAGUUGCAGGAGUUAUAUGGAAAACAUUUCCCCAUUGAAGUCAGGCACUAUCUUGCUGAAUGGAUAGAGAAACAACCAUGGAGCUCCAUUAACAUAAACCCUACCCAUGAAAACCUUGCUCGAAAUCUACUGGACACAAUGAUAACUGAAUUACAGAAAGUGUCAACUCGUAUGUCCUAUCCAGUCAAUUGCCAGCUGAAUGAAUAUGCUGCUCUCCUAAAGACCAUGUUUGAUCAGCAACCUUUAGAACUGGUGAAUACUAUGAACUGUCUCUUGAUGCGAGAAAACCAGUUAUUUCAGGAGCUUCAGCAGACCAGUGUGACUGUUGGGCUCGCUAACCCCGUACCAGCCCAAAUGUUUGUAACCACCAACAGUGAGAGGUUGAAGCAAGAAGAUGCAAAUGUGUUACAGCAGCUAACUCAACUGAACAACAAGAUCAAGACCAUUCAGAUGUACCACAGUGCUUUUCAACAAAUCAAUGAGGCUCUUGAACGUGAGCAGCAACAACUUGCGCAGUGUUACCAGUCUCAGCAGCACCUGCAGCAAGCAAAUAGCCCACUGCCAGAGUUCAAGCAGGAGGAGAGCCUAAACCAGCAGAAGAGCACACGGGACGAUCAUAGAAGGAAGAGAAAUUACAGCAUCUUGGAAGCGGUGAGAUCUCUGGAGCAGGUCCAGGGCCUGGUGCUGAAUAUGAUUCUCAACUGGAAGCGACGACUUCAGCUGUCAGGAAAUGGUGCCUACUUUGAGGACAACCUGGGGUCACUUCAGGAAUGGUGUGAUAAACUUGCGGAAAUGAACUGUCAGAUUCAGAAAGAACUUGCGCUGAUUAGCACACAGGAAGAUGUUGCUGUUGACCAGAUAUCAGGAGUGCCCGAGAAGCUCUCCUCCUUACUCAGUAACUUGGUUAGAAGUGCGUUCCUUGUGGAAAAACAGCCCCCACAGGUGCUAAAGACCCAAAGCAAGUUCUCCUCAACUGUUCGAUUUCUGUUUGGCGUGAAGCUGAAUACACAAACAAAACCUCCCAUUGUGAAAGCCAUCAUUAUUACAGAGCAACAGGCCAGAGUUAUGAGACAGCAUGAGAAUAUGCAGAGUGAAAACACAGGCGAGAUCACGAACAGUAGCAGUUUGUUGGAAUUUAGUAAUGCUACAAAAACCACCAGUGCCAGCUUCAGAAAUAUGUCCUUAAAGAAAAUAAAGCGCUCAGACCGCAGAGGAACUGAGUCAGUGACUGAAGAAAAGUUUGCCGUCCUGUUUUCUUCAGAGCUCUGCAUCGCAGGCAGUGAAAUGAAAUUCCAUGUUCAGGCCUUGUCGCUGCCAAUCGUAGUGAUUGUUCAUGGCAGCCAGGACAACAACGCUACUGCAACAAUCUUGUGGGACAAUGCAUUCUCUGAGAUUGAACGAUUACCCUUCCAUGUCCCAGACAGAGUGUCAUGGUCUCAAAUGUGUGAGACCCUCAACAUGAAAUUCAUGGCAGAAGUCCAAUCAACUCAGGGCUUGUGUAAAGAGCACUUUGUUUUCCUGGCCCAGAAGAUAUUUGAUGAGCAGAGUUACAUCUUGGACGACUUCACAAACAGGAUGGUUUCUUGGUCUCAGUUUAACAAGGAAAACCUACCUGGACGAACCUUUACUUUCUGGCAAUGGUUUGAUGGCGUGAUGGAGCUCACGAAAAAGCACUUGAAGGAAUACUGGAAUAAUGGGUUGAUCAUUGGUUUUGUCAGCAAGCAGUACGCCAACAGACUACUGAACCUACGGAUGAAUGGGACCUUUCUCCUUCGCUUCAGCGACUCUGAGAUUGGUGGGAUUACGAUAGCAUGGAUUGACGAUUCUGAGAAGGGUGGCAGACAGGUGUUCAAUGUCCAGCCUUUCACUACAAAGGAUUUAACCAUUCGGUCGCUGGGAGAUCGUGUCCGAGAUAUUGAACGCCUGCUUUAUCUGUUUCCCGAGAGACACAAAGAUGAAACUUUCAAAAAGUACUACACAAAGGAAGCAAAGGGCAAAGAUGGCUAUCUCCACGCUGGCGUAAAGACCACGGUGAAUGGUGAACAAACGCAAAUGGUGGUGCCAAGCAUGCUCCCGUCACCAGUGGCCCAGCCUCCUAUUCUGUGUACUACAUCUGAUGUCCCAAGAUGGCAACAGAUCCCAAGCGGCAUCAACUAUGAGAAGGCAGACGCCUCAGUCACCCCAUCCAUCGCAUUGUCUCCACGCAUAAUGAUUCCCAUGAACCAGGAUGAAGAAUUUCCAAAUGCAAUUCAAGGUCAUCUUCUUGCUCCGUUUCAAAGUGGAAAUGACUUGGAGGUGAACAACUAUUAUGAAGGAGAUCAUCAGUUUGUGAGUGGCACUGAAAAUCUUCAUGUGCCCUCUGAAUUGGACCUGAAUGCUUUUCUGAACAUGGAUAUAGAAGAUUCAACUGAGUUUUGAGAUGUCUGUGAGUUGAGGAACAAUGGCCGUCAGGUGCCAGUUAUGCAGGGGCAUAUUCAUAUGUUUAAAGGAAGGCUCAUUCUGUCAGUGGUUGAGCUUCAAAUUAAGAUGUCUGUUGAGUCCAUUGUGCAUUUUCCUGUACAAAUUAGAAAGAGAUGCACGGUCAAGUGCCUUUUAACCAGCAGAUAAACCUCGGAUUGGUGAUCCCCUUUGACCAGACGUUGAGUAUAUUCUGAAUUUUAACAGUGUUACUGUGGGGAGGUGCCAAGUGGCGGGCAGGCACUUUUGUGAUAUUCGGAGUCAAACACUUGGCAAGUUUGGGCACCUUAAAACAGAAAGGAAUUUAACAUAAAGUAACUUGCUAUAGAAAAUUCAGUCCAUUCCAAUCCGAUAUUUUCAUAAAACAUAAUAUGAGAUUAGGCCAAACUAAAGCGCACCUUUAUUUUCAAAGAUUUGUAAUUAUGAAUGCUCAUGAAAGUGUUGUUUCCUUGCUAUGAAUUUAACAAGGUGUAUUAACUCUUCAGCUAAUAUAGUCAAGUUGAUGUGCUGUUUUAUAGCAUCUAUCCUGCCCACCAGAGCAUCCUAAUCCAAUAUCUACAAAAUACAUCAUAAAAAUAAUGUAAAGUGGGACUUUUACUUAUUGAGUUCAAAUGAUCACAAAAAUCAAAUUAAUUGAUGUAUUAGCUUAUACUAAGUCAAUAUAUUGCAUCUGGAACUGUUAUCAUCUAUUAGCAACCACAUAUGGCACAAAGAAGCUUUAUUUUCUAAGUAAAUAUGUAAAAAGAUAUCAUAGUGUGCUUACAAUUAAUUGAAAGUAUAUUUGGACAGUUGAUGUGGAGCAACUGAUGCACUGGAUGGAGCGGAGAGUAAUGAUUUUAUACAUGACGUGCGACUGCUCUGUGGCAAUGACAAUAGUCCUUUAACAAUGAGUGUUUGUGAUUUUGGUGCCUGCAGGAUGCAAGUACCAAUGGUUUUUCAGAACUGUUUAUGAUACGAGGGAACAUUUAAGAUGACAGUGCACCAAAUCAAUUGUUCAGUGGACUUGCGUGAGGUUACCAUGUAAUCCACUUUGGCUUGCACAUUAUUCAACAAAUAAAAAUACAAAUGAUAGGAAUCAAUGCUAUAGAGACAUUUAACAUGCCCCUCUGGGACAGGAACGCUUACUUUGAAGCCUAUUGCAAGAAUUGUUUUGCCAUUGCAAAUUAUAUACCUUGUACGGAGCUUAAAGAAUUUAUUUUGAGUUAAUAUGGUUUGUACACAAUUUAAGAACAUAAUGGCGCUAGAAUACCAAAUUCCACAUCCCAGGAAGCAUUCUGCCUUAGCAUGAGAUCUCACUAGCCUUAUAAUCUUGUGAGGGAUUGUUCUGUAUAGAUAAUUGUUGAUUCCCACAGGUAAUUCAGUACAGAAUAUACAUGAAUUUCAUAUCUCCACUAUUCAGCCUUAGCCUACUACCCUCCAAAGAAAACAGUCUCUUCUACCUCUUCCCUAAAUUAUUUCAGUCUGCACUUGUCCUCGGAAAUCUGCAAAUCACUUUUCAGCUUGUGGUGUUCUAAUGGCUUAUAGACCAUUGCUUCAGAAUGGUUGCCUGAAAUAAUGUUGUCCAUAGAUGUAAUUCUUAGUGAUAUGACGUAGUGUUAGUUUUUGUAAUCCACUGUACAUACAAUGUUUUCAUACACCCAAAUAGAUUGCAAUCGUCGAGAGGGGGUUAUCCCGUCAUUAUAUAACAGUGUAUUUUUCCAUCAUUGGUGCAUUUAGAUCGUGUUCUGUAUUGGUCAAAAAACAUUCUAUCUUCUUUCUCCAUUUGCACUUACUAUUUCGGCAGAAAACUAUUCUUACAAAAUGAUUGCUGAAAACGUCUCCAGCUUGUAAGAAAAUGAGAAUAAAAUUCCUCGAUUCUCGAUAA